AGCCUUUGUGCUCAAAGAAAAGAGGACAAAUUUGAGAUUUCUUUUUCCUUACGUUACCUCCUCUUCGACUCGAGACCCAUAACAAAAUAAUAAACAAGAAAAUAACAAAAGAAGUAGAGAAAAGCCUUUUGAUCUUUCCUGAAUCAAUUUGGAAAAUCAUUAUCGUUCUUAAGUUUGUAACCCGAAACUCGUAGCUCUUGGAAAUCUAUAUGUUUCAAUUUCUUUGUUGAUAGGGUUUUAUCUCCUCCAACAAAAAAUGUAUGCAGCUGCAAGUUGAACAUGACCUCACCAAUGAAGGGUCUAUUAAAAGGGUUGAGGUACAUUGCUCGUAUCUUCGAGGAUGAGAAGGAACCAGAGAUGCAGAUUGGAAAACCGACCGAUGUAAAACAUGUUGCUCAUAUAGGAUGGGAAGGGCCGUCUGCUACGACCCCAAGCUGGAUGCAUGAGUAUAAGUCUCCAAUGGCUGAGGCAAAAGGAAGUUCGAACAAGAAACCUGCGAGCUCCGGGGAGAGGCAGAGGAACAAAGGGAGGCGUAAAUCAUCCACAGGCACAAACAACUCACCUGCAGAGUCUCCAACAAGGGUAGGAGGAUCAACAAGGCCAUCAAGACGUAGCACGGGUAAACAGAGAGAUCAGAGCACAGGUUCAGGGUCAGAGUCAGGUUCAGGGUUAGACUUAACUCAACAGAAUGAUCAGUCUAUGGGAUCGAAACAAUCGAAGCAGAGAAAGUCGAAAACGUCAACAGGAGGAGGAGGAGGAGCUGGAAAGUCCAAGGAGACAGAUAUAUCAGUGCGGGCGGUUUAUCCUUGCGUGGGUCUUGGAAGUUCUACAGGAAGAUGAGAGAUGAGAAAAGAAGAGAGUUUUUUUCUUUCAAGUUUAGACUAGAGUGGUGGUUUUGCUUUUCUUCUCAUAAUGAUCUACACACUUUUGUCUUUUCUCUCCCUUAUGUUGGAGAUAUGUCUUUGCAUAACUAAG